GUAAAUAUUGUUAAUUUUUUAUUUAACCGCUGCUGCAUUUGGUAGUUAACCAGUCAUAAGUAUCCCGCAAACGCACCAAUUUCUAACCGCAGAACCAGUCGUACAAAUCUCUUAAAACCGUUAGAAACCGCAACCACCCGCAUCCGCAAACUCCCGCAACCGCAACCGCUGCGGUUGAACCAGUCAGGCCCUUACUGAUCCUCAGUAAACCAAUUCAGGUUUAAAGUUCUGAUUUGCAAUCAGAUAAAUAAACAGAAAAUUAUCCUAAAACAUUAGUCGCAACUGUGUAAUAGUUAUUUGAAAUUAAUCAAGUCCCCAACAUUUUCCCAUCAUUAAUUUUAUACAAAUAAAUAUAUUAUCAUUAUUAAUAUUCUAAUUUUAAUUUAUAUGUAUGAUUUAUUUUAUAUAACAUUAUAUUAUUUAAAUUAUACAUAUAAUUUGAAUAUAUAAUAUCUAUAGUCGAUGAUGUGAUUAUUACUUUUGUAUAUUGAAUUGUAUUUAAUUCUCUAAAUUUAACGGUAGUAUUUUUUUGUGUGCUAAUAUAGAUUAAUAUUUUGAUUAAGUUUUAUUUUUUACAUUUAUGUUUUGGUCUUGGACUUAAAAAUAUAGAUUGUUUAAAUUACUCAUUUAUGGAUAAUAUUAAAUUACACAUAUUUCUUCAAUUCGAAGCACAAUUACUUUUGAUUCUAGUUAAACUAAAUUUAAUUUUAUUUAUUUCAUUAGUUCAGCUUUUAUCUUAUAUAUAUAUAAAUAUAAUUCUGUAAAUUCUUUUGUAUAAUUUGAUAUUUGUAGAUUUGUAAAAUUUUGAAAACUCAUAGUUAAAAGUUUAACACAAAGAAAUUAUGUAAAAUUGAAUAACAUCUCAAUCGUAUCAAUUAUAAAAUAUUUUUAGUUCAUCAAUGAUAUUUUAUUAUAUGUUAUUUAAAUUACCUUUUGUAAAAAUCUAAGAAAAUGACUGACAUAAAUAAAAUAUUUUUAUUAAUUAAUUAAUAUAUAUAUAUUAUGUUGUUUAAUAUUAUGUUUUAAAGAGACGUUAUCUUUUUAACAUCAAAACUGUUUUCUGUGAACUUUAUUUUUUUACGAAAUCACAUUAUAUAAAUAUCUUUUCAUAAAAUAACUUGUCUUUCCCUUUUGUAAAUAGUAUUUUCGUAUUUUCUAAUAUAUGAACAUUUCUUUUUUAUUAUAUAUGAUAUUUAGAAAAAAAUAAAAAAGGAAACUAAAAUUUAAAAUGUAAAUUGGAAUAAACUAUUUUCGUUUUUGUAAAUAUUAUUUUCAUUUUUAUUAUAUGAAUAUUUAUUUUUUUAUUAUAUAUGUUAUUUAACAAAAUAUAAAAAGGAAACAAAAAUUUAAAUGGAAUAAAUUAUUAAAUAUUUUUAUUAAUGGUAAUUUGAAAGAAUAAUUUAAUUCAUUAAGGUACUUUUAUAAGUAGUUAUGGUGAAAAUUAACGUAUGACACGUAAAGUGACUUCUCAAAUAAUAUUAUAAAUAUACGCAGAAGAUUUACGUAACUAUUCUCUGCGCACGUUAUGGAAUCUUUGUUGGUAUACUAAAAAGAAAUCUAUUUUGAUGUAAUAAUAAAACAUUAAUAAAAAACAGAAGCCUUUGUCUGAUAAUUUAUAUUUGACAUAUUCUUACGAAGAAGGAAAUUAUGGAGUUGUCACGAAUUUUUUGGGGGAUCUAUUUUUAUGAGUAAUUUAAAAUAAUAAUAUAAUUUUGUAUAGAGUAAAUGUAAAACAAAAAUUUGGUUGGAAGGGGGUGAAAACUGGACUUGUUUAAAAGGCAAGGCAAAGAGGAGUCUUGUUUAAAAGGCAAGUACUAACCAAACUUUCAUCUUCAUUGCCUUCUCUCUUUCUGCCGCCAUAUCUAUUUCCUUACCUAUUUUUCUUGCUUGAAACUUUAUGCCUUCCGUUCAAAUGCGCUCGUCUCCGUCUGUUUCACCGCCGAGGACGGUUACUGAUCUCAAGCAGCGAGUCAUCGCCUGUCUCAACCGUCUCUCCGAUCGCGACACUCAAUCUCUAGCCGCCGCAGAGCUCGACUCAAUCGCUCUCAACCUCUCACCGGAGGCUUUCUCCCUCUUCAUAAACUGUCUCCAAACCACAGACUCUUCAGCUAAGUCUCCCGUUAGGAAACACUGCGUCUCUCUCCUCUCCCUACUCUCUCGUUCCCAUGGAGACUCCCUCGCUCCUCACCUCCCGAAGAUGGUCUCCACCGUCCUCCGCCGUCUCCGCGAUCCUGACACCUCCGUCCGCGCCGCUUGCGCAACCGCUUCCGUCGAUAUGACCACCAACAUCACCGAACCGCCUUUCUCCGUCCUCGCCGGGCCAAUGAUCGAAGCCUUGAUCCACGACUGCGAUGCCAACGCGCAGAUAGGAGCCGCCGUGUGCCUUGCGGCGGCUAUAGACGCGGCUGAUGAUCCUGAUGUCGAGCAGUUGCAGAAAGCGCUUCCGAAGAUCGGGAAGUUGCUCAAAUCGGAAGGCUUCAAGGCGAAACCUGAACUUCUAGGAGCCAUAGGAAGCGUAAUCGGCGCCAUUGGAGGCAGAAACAGCGACAAGGCGGUUCUAGAUUGGCUAUUACCUAACGUGUUGGAGUUUCUAAGCAGCGAUGAUUGGCAUGCGAGGAAAGCUGCUGCGGAGGCCGUGGCUAGAGUAGCUACGGCUGAAGAAGAGUUAGCUCCUUUGUAUAAGAAGGCAUGUCUUGGUGUUCUUGAGAGCAGAAGAUUUGAUAAGGUUAAGCUUGUUAGGGAGAGGAUGAAUCAUACGUUGAGUCUAUGGAAGCAACUUGGAGAUGAUUCUCCAGACUCAUCUUCCCUCUCCAAAUCAGGAAAAGGAAUCAACACAUUGAAGAGCAAAGAAAAGAAUCCAAACGUACCAACAGGCUCAAAGUUAAAUGAUGUUGAAGAUGAGCUGCGGCCAUUGGGGACGAAAAGGGUUCUGUUUCCGGCAAAACCGUCUAAGGUCAAAGAGAAUAGAUCUAAUAAGUCACAAGCUGUUGCUGUUGUUCAGAGUGGUGAUGAAGAAGAGGAGAGUAGUAGUAGUAGUUCAUCACAGAGAAAGAAUGCAGAAGAAGAGUUGUCUCUGAUAAGAAACCAGAUCACUCAGAUCGAAAAACAGCAGUCUAGUCUGUUAGAUCUCUUUCAGCGAUUCAUGGAGAGCUCGCAGAACGAAAUGCAGUCGCUGGGGAGACGAGUGCGUUGUCUAGAGACAUCAUUCAGUGUACUCUCCACUGAUUUGUUAGUGUCUCGCACCAUAACACAAAAUGGCAACCACAAACGAAAUGCCCAUCUACAGAAUUGAAGGAAAAAGGUUCCAAAAGCCUUCAUUCUACCUGAGCACACACUUCAUAGUUGGGCUCGUGAAGAAGUUUUUAUUGGUUUUAUACAUGAACUCUAAGCUGAUGUAUAAGUGUUUUAGUUCAUGAUUUCUUGAAUCUAUUUUUACAUUUCCACUUUGUGUAAACAAAGUUCUUUACAUU